AUGUCUGUUCGUAAACCCCACACCAAGUCUCGUUACGGCUGCGAUAAUUGUCGGAAGAGACGGGUCAAGUGCGAUGAAACCGGUCCCCCGUGCACUAAUUGCAUUUUGCGGGGACUGGAUGGCUGCACCUUCUCCAGAGUUCCACCCGCGCGUCUUCUGGCAAAUACCCGACGCGCAAAUCCAGAGGACCCCGUUUCUCCCUCCAAAGAACGCUUCAAAUCCGCAGCCGUUUUAGAAAAUAUUUCACCAAGCACUUCAAAUUCGCCCAGCAGUGGCACUGUUGACCCCCUCGAGCUGAUGCACAAGUUCUCCACAGAGACUUAUCGAAGCCUCUGCGUCAGUGAAUCGGAAAUCCAUGUCUGGCAAAUGAUUGUGCCGCGUCUUGCGCUUGAUUACCGGUACCUAAUGAACGGAAUUCUGGCACUGGCGUCUCUGCAUAUCGCCACGACGCUCGAGGCGCCGCCCAAGGCACUGGUCUAUAUUGACACAGGCCUGCGGUACCACAACCAAAGUUUCACCCCCUUUCGGACGGCAAUAGCCAAUAUCGCUCCACAGAACUGCGAUGCCAUCUUUGCACAGUCUGUCAUAACCAUCGCGAUUAGCAUCGCUUUGCCACAGCUAACGGCCACGAGGAACACCAGUCCUAAGAUGACCGAGAACAUCAUCACGGUGUUUGAGCUCCUCCAAGGCGUGAAGAAAAUUCUUUCCGUUGGCCAGUUGUGGAUCAACCUCGAGCUUUUCUCUCAGGGUGAAUUCUGGAAAGGAAUUUCUACAAAGCUCGAUGCUGACACAGAGACGGCAUUCAACCAGCUCACAAUAUUGAACGAUAAGGUGGUUGGCAAGGUUGAUGCUAGUCAGUAUUGCAUCAACCAAGAGGUCAUUUCUCAUUUGCGGCACUGUUUCAUGAAGUUCGGUCACUCCGCCGAUCCUGCUCCGGUGCUGGCGUGGCUUGCUGCCGUGAAUAAGAAUUUUGUGAAUAGCCUACAAUGUCGCCAACCGUUCUCGUUGCUGGUUCUUAUGUACUGGGGUGUCCUUCUUGGUGAGCUGGAUGGGAGCCACUGGUGGGCUCGGAACUCCGGUCGAGCUUUGGUAUCAGAGUUACUGGAUGAACUAGGGACCAUGGAUCCUUUGUGGGAGGAUUGUCAGCUAUGGGUGCGACGAAAAAUGUCGCUAUGA